UCCAAAAAACCACUGGAACUUUCCGAAACGUUCUCUACCAUCGAAUGAGACGGUGGCAGAACUGCCAGCCGAAGAACAGCUAUUCGAAAGCCAUUGCUGACAAAGUAGAGACCUCGGGACGUAAGUCUGAUGCCUAUGGAAGCCGAGGCUGCAAAUGCUCCAGAGUUGGCACUUGCUGACACCGACAUCAACUGGGACAGGUUGGACAAGACAAGGUUUCACAUUAUUGGGGCUAUCCUCUUUACAGCUCAGUCAGCCUUGUUACAUCCUACGGCAGUUGUAAAGACUAGAAUGCAAGUGGCUGGUUCUGGUCUCUCUAACAUGCGUGGUAUUUCAGUAUUUGAACAGAUAUUGAAGACUGAUAGUAUCCCUGGCCUAUUUAGGGGUUUUGGCACUUCAGCUGUUGGAUCAUUGCCUGGUAGAGUCUUGGCUUUAACAUCACUUGAAGUGUCAAAAGAUAUGAUGUUAAAAUAUACUGAAGGUCUAGAUAUGCCCGAAGCAACACGUAUUGGCAUUGCAAAUGGAGUGGCAGGGAUGUUGUCAAAUUUAGUUUCUUGCGUAUACUAUGUUCCUUUGGAGGUGGUCUGCCAGAGACUGAUGGUACAAGGGAUUCCUGGGACUACAGUCUGCAAUGGACCAUUUGAUGUUGUACGUAAGGUGAUAAAGGCUGAAGGGUUCCGCGGAUUGUAUAGAGGCUUUGGAUUGACAGCUGUGACGCAAUCCCCAGCAUCUGCACUUUGGUGGGGUGCCUACGGAGCUGCCCAACACAUGAUUUGGAGGAGCUUGGGUUACAGAGAUGAUAUGGACAAAAAACCGUCUCAUAUGGAGAUGGUAACAGUUCAGGCAACGGCAGGAAUGGUAGCUGGUGCUUGUUCAUCGGUUAUCACAACUCCCAUUGACACUGUAAAGACUAGACUUCAGGUCAUGGAUAAUUUUGAGGGAGGAAGACCGUCAAUACUCAAGACUGCAAGGACACUCAUUAAGGAAGAUGGAUGGUGGGGCUUCUAUAGAGGGUUUGGACCUCGAUUCUUAAAUAUGUCUCUCUAUGGAACAACAAUGAUUGUUACCUAUGAACUUAUAAAGAGAUUAUCCGUGAGGCAGUAACAAGAUCUCAAGCUGGAGGAGACACAGAGAUGGGGAGUGGCAUUCUCGUCUUGCAUUACACGGCACAAGAAUGGUUAGACUCUCUUUAGUUGUUCUCAGACAGAGGUAGUUCAAUACUUCAAUUCACUUCCUCCAAUGUGGUUUCCGGUGUUUUCUUGUAAAUGUUACAAACCAUUGAGCAUUGCUCAUUCUUCACUGUUACGAGGACAUUGGACUGUAAUUCAUUGACUCCACCAAACGUAUCGUGGGAUUUGAAACGAUUUUGUAAGAGUGGUUACACCAUGAAACAGAAUGGUAAUUCAGCCACACAGAAGGUUGGUUGCUGGUGAAUGGGCAUUUAAUCAUUCUUAGAAGAGGAGUUCUCUCUCGGAUCUCUCCGUCGCUCUCUAUCACUGUGUCCACUCAUCUCCAUCGCUCUGUGUAUGUCGCUGUUGCCGCCGCAGUUGUCUGCGUCAUCAUCGCCGAAGUAUGACUUCACCAUAUUGGACCCCAAUCCACCAUCGCCAUUUGUCAUAGGGUAGCUGGUGAUUGAAGUUUUGUCGAGGGGCUGAGUAGCUUCCUCACAAUGCCCACCUGAAUUCCAUUGUCCUCCCCUAUUCAUUUCAAAUGAUACACUACUCAGCUACUGGCAUGAAGAGACUUGAAGUGUUAAUGGUGGUGUAAAAGGGCAAACCUGAAGUGGGAAGAUAAUUUGUUGCUUACUGCAAGUCAGAAGUCUUUGAAGCUUGCAGAUUUGGGUCUUGCAAGAGAAGAAUCUGUGACAGAGAUGAUGACUGCAGAAACUGGGACCUACCGCAGAGUUUUAUUUUUGUUUCAUUGUCCUUGAUUAUACUAUGAACGAGGUAAAUGGAUAAAGGAGUCUUUGCUGGAAGGUGGACAAUUGAUCAUUAA